CUGGACGGACCUGGGCGCCCCGGACCAGUGAGCUGCGGCUGCAACAGAAAAGGGCAACUGCUCAGCUAUAGUCCACGCCCCCUUCCCGCUCCGGUGACAGUGUCUGCGGAAAGUCGCCUUUGUGAUUUCUGGAGAGCACCGAGCGGGACGACGGCCGUCCAGCCGGGUCGUCCGUGCCAGGCGACAAAGAAAGGGUAUCCCGGUGGACCAUCAUCCCUUCCCUCUAGACAGCCCGCCCCGGGGGCCUGAAAAUGCUUAGAUCUACGUGGAAUUUUCUGAAACGUCACAAAAAGAAAUGCAUCUUCUUGGGCACGGUCCUUGGAGGAGUAUAUAUCCUGGGGAAAUAUGGACAGAAGAAAAUCAGAGAAAUACAAGAAAGGGAGGCUGCAGAAUACAUUGCCCAAGCACGACGACAGUAUCAUUUUGAAAGCAACCAGAGGACUUGCAAUAUGACAGUGCUGUCCAUGCUCCCAACACUGAGAGAGGCCUUGAUGCAGCAACUCAACUCUGAGAGCCUUACAGCUCUGCUGAAAACCAGGCCUUCAAACAAGCUAGAAAUAUGGGAGGAUCUGAAGAUAAUAAGUUUCACAAGAAGUAUCGUAGCUGUGUACAGUACUUGCAUGCUGGUGGUUCUUUUGCGAGUCCAGUUAAACAUAAUCGGUGGAUAUAUUUAUUUGGAUAAUGCAGCAGUUGGCAAAAAUGGCACCACAGUUCUUGCUCCCCCAGAUGUCCAACAGCAAUAUUUAUCAAGUAUUCAGCACCUCCUUGGAGAUGGCCUGACAGAAUUGAUCACUGUCAUUAAACAAGCUGUGCAGAAGAUUUUAGGAAGUGUUUCUCUUAAACAUUCUUUGUCCCUUUUGGACUUGGAGCAAAAACUAAAAGAAAUCAGAGAUCUCGUUGAGCAGCAUAAAUCAUCUUCUUGGAUUAAUAAUGAUGGAUCCAAAUCUUUAUUAUGCCAUUACAUGAUGCCAGAUGAAGAAACUCCAUUAGCAGUUCAGGCCUGCGGACUUUCUCCUAGAGAUGUUACCACUAUUAAACUACUCAAUGAAACUAGAGACAUGUUGGAAAGUCCAGAUUUUAGUACAGUUUUGAAUACCUGUCUCAACCGAGGAUUCAGUAGACUGCUAGACAACAUGGCUGAGUUCUUUCGACCUACUGAACAAGACCUGCAACAUGGUAACUCCAUGAAUAGUCUUUCCAGUGUCAGCCUGCCUUUAGCUAAGAUAAUUCCCAUAAUAAAUGGACAGAUCCAUUCAGUUUGCAGUGAAACACCUAGUCAUUUUGUUCAGGAUCUGUUAAUGAUGGAGCAAGUGAAAGACUUUGCUGCUAAUGUGUACGAGGCUUUUAGUACUCCUCAACAACUGGAGAAAUGAUUUUUUUUUUCCUUCAAGAAUAGCUACAAUGGAAUUCAGUUACUUUUUUUAAAAAAUGCAUCGAAUAAAUCAACUAUAUAUAGGGUAAUGAUUUGUUACCAUAAUGUCUAAUAAAAAUAUAUUCUUAAAGUCUUCAUAAUAAAAUAGAUUUAUUUGGCAUCUUAAUAUAUUUUUUUAAAGCCAUCAACAGACUGGUUUUUGUGGGCAUACCUGAGUGUAUACAGUGCAAAUAUCAGAACUGUUAAUAGUUUGUUACAUCAUGGAUAUUAGUUCCAAGUCAAAUAAUGUAAAUACUUUAUACUUUGACAUUAAUACUGAGGUAAAAUCUGUUUGGGAAGUAGAUAUAAAGUUUGGAAAAAAUGCUAUUUAAUCUUAAAGUUCACCAGACUGUAGUAUACAGGAGAGAAUCAGACUUUUCUUCAGUUAAUCUUCAAAGAGAUAAAUACUUUGUCUUAAAUAUACCUGGUUGAGAACUUUCUUUUUUAAUAGAAAUCAGUUAAUUUAACAACUAGGAUUAGGACUUUCCUGGUGGUCCAGUGGGUAAGGCGCCAUGCUCCCCCUGCAGGGGGCACAGGUUCAAUCCCUGUUCCCUGGCCGGAGAAUCUAAGAUCCUGCAUCCCAUAGCACAGCCAAAAAUAAGAAGGAACAACUAUGAUCAGCAAUUUUUUUCUUUACUGUUGUUAACAAUCCUUAGGAAACUACAUACUGAUUUGGAGGUGAACAUUGUGUUGAUGCUGUUUACUCAGCUGUUAUUAACUACUGUACAUAGUUUCAUUUAUUUGUAUGUAAAUAAUUAUAACUUACUUUGUAUUGAUUUUAAGCACAGUGAAUCUUAUUACAAUAAAAUAUUUUAGUAAAAUAU